AUGAACAACGAAAUUACGAAAAGCUUGUUUCCAUAUGAGGCGAAAUUCUUUAAGGGUAUUUUUGAUAAGUAUAUAAAAAAUGAAGACUACAACGAGGAUCUCAAGGUGGUUAGGAGUUCCAAGCAUUUAAUGGAGGAAGUUAUUAGCAAAGAAAAUGGACUAAACUUUUAUUUGGAUGAACAUUUUGAUGACAUAUUUUUGCAAAAAUGCAAGUUAGAAUUUUUUCGAAAAUUAUUGAAGUGUGUCUAUGGAAGGAAGGAGGAAAAUAUUCCUCAGGGGGAGAGUUCAUCCGAUGUGGUAGGGACGGGGAAAAACGUAGACACGGUUGGUUGGCAGAAGGAAAAACAUACUAGCAAAGGAGUAGGAAAUGUGAACGAGCUUCCAGACUAUUUUAUAUUUAACAAGAAAAUCAAUAUCAUAAAUAGUUAUAGAAUUUAUAGUUACUGUUCUAACAUAAUUCAAUCCCUUCCCUCGUUGACUUACCUUUCUGUCGUUAAGAUAUACUUGGCGAACUAUCCGUUGAGUGUUUUUUUGUCUUGCGUUUAUUUCUACACGUUUGUGACGUACGUGUGUGACGGGGAAAACCUCAUAGAAUUUCUGGAGUCCCUGUUCUUCUCCCUCCUAGUGACCAUGGGUCUUGUGGCGCUGACGGCUGUGCACUACGCAAAGGAAAACAGAAUCAACUCGAUUACAUCUAAGAUGAACAACUUUAAAGAAAACUACAUAUGUAGGAACUUUAUAAGAAAGAAACCAAAGGGGAAAGCCAUGUUUGCAAAAUAUGAAAGCAGAAAAACGAUCGAAAUAAAAAAAUAUUCCAAAUAUUUCUUCCUAAAGAGUUUUCUGAACAGAAUAAAUGAAGAGCUCCUUGACUACGAGGUGUUUAGUGCAGACAAGCGCUCCAGUUAUGUGCAGGAAAAUUUUAAGGAAAUUAUCCCCUUGGGAUGUUCCGCUGUGAAUUCUGAGGGAGGUGCCAAGCAGGAGGGGGAGUUAGCACCAAAUGGGGACGAUUUUGGGGUGCAAAAGGCAAACACUUCUAGAGUCAACGUGGAAGGUGUAUUCGCAGAAGGGAAAAGUAAGACGGGUUCCAAGUUGCUAUCGACUGAAGAGCAAAAAGAUGGAAGGGUAGAGAUGCAAGAUGAGGAAGGUAGUUCCAAUGCAGCUACCAAGAAGAAGGUUCUUCUAAGUAACGAGUCGGAUGGGGAGAAGAGCCCCAGUUCAGACACUCAAAGGGUAGACAAAAGUGGAGAUGGAAGAAAAAACUCCACAGAUAUAGCAAAAGAGAAAAAAAGAAACCUAUUAAACUACAUAAUAUUCGAGAAUAACCUAUAUAAAAUUAACAGUAAGAACAUUUUAGUAGGUGACAUUGUGUACCUGUUCAAGGGGGAUGUGAUUCCAGCAGAUGGCAUCCUCAUCAGAAGUAACAACAUGGUUGUAGAUGAGUCAAACAUUUUGAAGUUUGAAAAAACAUGGAAGAAAAAAAUAAGCCUUGACGAAUAUAUGUACUAUUAUGAGAAAUCGAAAAAGAGAAAGAUCAGUGUUAAUGAACUAAGAAAAAAAAAACUGAAUUAUUUCGAAAUACUUAAUUUGAAGGUAAAGAUGACCUUAAAAAAGUUAAGUAGAGAACAAGUCGGAGAUACCAAUGUACAAAUUACAACGAGGGAGCAUAAUACGGAUGAAAAUCCAGAAGAUCAGGGGAAAAUAGACAUGUUAAAUCAAAGUGGAAAUGAAAAGGGAGGAGAAAAUAGAAAUAGUAAAAAUAAUAAAUUAGCUACAAAUUUUGAAAAAUUAUUUGAAUACUCCCCCCUUGUCUUGUCAGAAUCAACGGUAAAAGAAGGAACAGGAGUAAUGCUAACCACCUGUGUUAGUAAAAAUAAGCAGAUGUUCCAAAAUACAAUUAAAGACAUGGAGGAGAGUACGGAACUGGAAGAUAUCAUAAAUAGCUUUUCAAAAAAUGUUGUCAUAAUAAUAAUUUUUUAUUGUAUCCUUUGCAUCCUCUUUGUAUUUAUUCACUUCUUAAUAAAUUUGGUGGAGAAUAAUAUGCAGACCUCUGCCUACAAUAUGUUGAUGUUUCUCCUUAACUGCAUAAUUUUGGAAAUUCUCAAGUACCUUCUGUUAUCCAUUGACCAAAUGCCUCUGUUGUUGCAAAACUGCAUAGCGAUAAAUUCGAAGCAAAUCAUUCGGGAAAAUUUUAUUUUAAAGAGAAAAAACACUUUCGAGAAAAUUCUCUUCACUAACAUCAUUUAUGUAGAUUUGGAAAGGUACACAAAGUACAGGUGUGUGUACUUCUUUUGCAACGCUGACAUAUGCUUUUGCACCGGGUUGGAUGUAAUGGGAGAUAUGCAAGUAGAACAAAAAUUCCUUAACUUGACUGAGGACCAGGAAAAGAAAGCAGAAAUAUCGAGGAACCUCUUUUUCAAGAUUCUUGUCCAGGGCAUUUUCACCACCAGCAACUUGUACCAUUACAAUGAAAACUUCUUGUACAUAGAUUUGUCCCUCUUAAAAUUCUUGAAGGGAUUCGAAAUAAACCUCGAAGAUUAUUUCAUCCCUAAGAAACACUUAUUUCGUGUUAUAUCUAGUGGGCACGAUUUUGUCAUUUCGUUCGUCUUGUCGGAAGAAGGGUUUUGGAGCAAGGAAGGGUCUGGUGCACAAGGCGGGUAUCCCCCCACAAUCCUGCGCAUAUUCCUCAGGGGUCGUGCUAGUCUGGUCCUUCCCAAGUGCAGCCAAUACCUGGACGGUGACUCUCUGCGCAGCGACAUCGCCCAGAUGAAAGGAAAAGUCCAGCAGGUGCAUGAGGAAAAGCACGAAGAAAUUAUAUGCUUCGCCUACAAAGAAGUAGCGCUUAGUGCAAAGGAGAGUGAGGAGCUCUUCCAAUACGAAGACAACAACGACUACACGUUUGACAACAAAGAAAUGAAUAAGAACCUGGAUGAAACUUACCUUAAGUAUGUAGAACAGAAUGACUAUACGUGUGUUUCCAUCAUGGUUUUUGAAAAAAUGCUAACCAAGCAUUUCUACUUCGAUUACAAAAUGUUGCAAGCGAAUGGCAUGAGCGUCAAGUUGUUCAGCAAGCACAGUAUGUCUAAGGUGAAGAAGCUCUUUUGUGAAUUCCCGCAUUUCUUUGAAAAUUUCAAACUGUACAAUGCAAAGUUGGUGGGCGAAGAGGAAACGCUUGAUUUGCACUACCAAAAUGAUGACGAGAGGUUUGGUAACCAUCCCCAGGAGGAGGACAAGAAGAACGCGAAUGACAUAAAAAGAAAAAGCGGGGAUGGAAAUGAAUACAAUGAGACCACCCAUCUGGAGGGAUCAAAUCUUGGGAAGUACACCCUGAAGAAGUGGAAUAGCAAAUCUUUGCUUGUCAACAAAUGUAGAAGUGAAAUUUUAAAUUUAAAAGAAUGUGAUGAUAACGUGAUGAUUAAUAUGGCUAGCCAAAAUGAUGCGCAAAAAAAAAAGCACGAUUUUCUCUUAAGUAACAACAUUUUUUACAAAUGUGAGAAUACGGAGUUAUCACGUUUGAUGAGUAUUUCGAGUUAUUACGGGAAAAAUGCACUCGUGACAAAUGAAAGCAGUAUAGACUGCGGAGAGGGGUUAUACAGCUUACGCAUAUGCGACAACAGGGGUACAGGAGAAAGUAAGGAGAAAAGCGACAUUGUUAUUUUGAACAAAAGUUUGUAUGAUUUUGUAAAAUUGAAAAACUUCUCAAAUUGUAUUCUCACCAAUAUAAAGUUAUUCAUCGAGUACAACAUCACGUUUUAUGUCUGCCUUGUCAUUUUCUCAACCGUUUGUACGUUGGUAAAUGGAUUUGAAUUUUUAAGUACAAUACAAAUAUUGUAUAUAUAUUUUGUGAAGAACGUUAUUUUUCACUACCUAUCUUGUUAUCGUAAGAGUUCCAUAAGUACCGUUGGGAAGAAAAAAAAACAGACAUACGACUUUUUUAAGGAAAAUGACAUUAACAGUAUGAUAUCCUCUAUUCUGUCCAAGACGGUAAUUCUAUUUUUGGUAUUCUUCUUUGGACAUUUAUUUAUUCCUGAAUCUAAAUGGGAUUUCGUUACUCCAGAUAUGAGGAAUUUGCUAGAAUUUUCGGAAUUCGCAUACCUUACAGAUAAGGAUAAGUCCAGCUUCUUUUACACGAUACGAUCUUGUAUUCGUUUGAAGAAAAAUUUAGAAAAUUUAAAAAUAGAAAAUGUUAUUGAUGUUAAGAAUGAUUACAGAUCAUUGGCUGAAUGGGACAGUUAUAUCAGUCCAGGUAGACAUGGCACUAUUCUUUUUAACAUUUUUUUUCUCUUUUUCUUUUUCUCCUAUGUUCAUAUUUAUUUGAAGUCCUUCUUGAGGGACAUACACAUAUUUUGGGAGAUGUACAAGGGGCCACAAAUUGACAAAUUUAGCAACUACAUUAUGCCCUUAGUGGGUAUAGAAGGGGAAGGUAAGAAGGAACUUUCCGAAGAUAUCAACCAAUUUAUGGAGGAGCUGAAAGAGGAGAGAAAAUCUACUAGCUUGGUUAACCUGGAGAAUGUGAAGAAUUCGGGAAAGGAACUAAACAACCAAUUUGAAAAUGGUGCAGAGGGGAAAAAUGCAAGUGGAAAAGUACCAAACACGGAUGAAUUGCACAAUGGAGAGAACAAGUUUUCCUUACUGAAAAUAGCUAGCCAAAUCAUCUCUAAAUCAAGUUUACCUAAUGACAGUUUUAAUGUGAUAUUACUGAAUCUGGUUUUGGAAAAUUACAUGACAUUUAUAAUUCUUUUUUUUCUGAUGGGGGUACACAUUUUUGUCAUUCAGUUCGGCUCAUUCUUCUUUAACUUACACGUGACGGGGUUGACUCUAUUGCAAUGGGUAUUUUGUUUCGCCUGUUGUUUGCUGGACUUGGUUCUUUACUUUGUUACUUUGCGCCUCGGGUUGUUUCUCUUGCCUGCGAGUUCUUUUAAAACCUUUCAGAAUUUGUAUGAGCCGCGGGAAAGGAGCGUAUUUGACACCCUGAAUGAAUACAAGCGGAGUUACAUGUCGAAGAGGUAUAAGUACGACCUGAAGGUGACACGCAAAAGUUGGGUGUGA